CAAAACGUCGUCGUUGGGCAGACGUUUAGUAAGCAAAUUUGCUACUUCCCGUGUGCUUUAGAUUUAAAGGACGAAACCAACCACUUGGCACCAAAAAGAACUUCUCUUUCUUCGCUCUUCAGUUGUGAUCAUCAUUCUCUGUAUCGCGUUGAGUUGGUGGUGAUUGAAGAAAGAGUAAUGGUUAUGAACUUCACCUAGAUACUCUUUAUCAUCUCGGCCGAGUAUUGGGUAAACGUCGUCGUCUCUGUUUCUGCGUGAGAAUGAUCAAAGACUCCUCCUUUCUUCUCCCUUCCUCUGUUCUUCGUUGGUUUGAUCACUUUUCGAUCGUUACAGUUUCUGCGUUUUGAUUACUUUAUCUUGCAAUGAUGAACUGAGAAUAUUCAAGAACUGUAACAGAAUCUAUUCUCAAGUCGCGGGAUUUGAUUCAAUGGCUUCUUCAGAAGUAUCUACUUGUGCCAAGAAUAUUCCAAAACCUCCUCCUCUUCCUCGUGCAACCUACCGUGGCCUCCAAGCUUCCAGAAGCAAACCCUCGAGCUCAUCAUCACGCCUUGUGCCCCAAGAAACAGUAGAGACCUGGGACAAGCUUUUCAAACAAGGAACUGGGGCAGAUACAUACGUUGAAGUUGACGACAAGUCUCAUUUUCUAGCCCAUUCAUACAUCCUGGCUGCAGCUUCACCUGUUAUGCCACAGCUUCUACACAAAUCGAGGGAUAAAAAAGGAAAUGCACACCUCAAGUUCCUUGGAGUGCCUCAAGAAGCUGUCUACAUGUUCAUUCGGUUUCUCUACUCUUGCAGCUACGAGGAGGAGGAGAUGAAGAAGUAUGUGCUCCCUUUGUUAGUUCUAUCACACUGCUACUCGGUCCCAUCUCUCAAAAGAGUCUGCAUAGAGGUUCUCGGUCAAGGAUGGAUCAACAAGGAGAAUGUCAUCGACGUGCUCCAGCUAGCUCGAACCUGCGACGCCGCGAGGAUCAGCUUUCUAUGUACUUCAAUGGUCAUCAAAGACUUUAAGUCUGUAUCUUCAACCGAAGGAUGGAAGGUGAUGACACGUGGCGAUCGUAAGCUAGAGCAAGAGCUUCUUGAGGCGGUGGUGGAGGCAGACGCUAGGAAGAAAGAGAGGAGGAAGAAAGUGGAGGAGAGGAGAAUGUACUUGGAGCUUUAUGAAGCUGUGGAGGCUCUUGUUCAUAUAUAUAGAGAAGGUUGUGGGACGAUAGGGCCUCGAGGUAAAGCUCUUAAAGGAAGCAAAGCUGUGUGUGAGUUCUCGGCUUGUAAAGGAGUUGAAAGUGCGCUUAGACAUUUCUUGGGAUGCAAGUCUUCUAGGGCUUCGUGUGGUCAUUGUAAGCGGAUGUGGCAGCUUAUUCAGCUUCACUCUUGUCUAUGUGGUAGUUCUGAUUCCUGCGAGGUCCCUCUCUGCCGGAACUUCAAGGAGCAGAUGAAAAAGAUUGGGAAGAGAGAAGAAUCUAAAUGGAGAUUGCUUGCGGAAAACGUUAUCACAGCUAGAAACAGUCUUGGUCCAUUCUCUUCUUCACGCCGUUCUGCUUCAUCUUCUGACCUCCCACCGCUCUGCUCUGAACGUUGUUGCCUUUGAGAUGAUGAUGAUGACAUCGCUCGGUGGUGGUGGAGUCGAUGGCGGCGGCGGAGGGAGGUUUAUGACGUAUUCGUCGUCUCUUUCGGUUCCUCCUUCUGCUCCUCAUUCGCCUAGCUACUCCGGUGGUAUACGAUCACAGUCUUCUGUGUUCGUUGAACAAGAGAAGUAUCUUUCAGAGCUACUUGAAGAGCGCCAUAAGCUUACUCCAUUCUUUCCCAUUCUUCCACAUGCACGUAGCCUGCUAGGUGUGGGCACUUUACCCGAUAUCCAAAGCUGCAUCCGAAUCCGAACCGGAGUACAAAAUAUCCUAAUGAGUAUUGAAUUAGGAGAAAUUGGAUAUUCGAAUCCGAACGGAUAAUAUCCGAACCCGAAUGGAUAUCCAAAGAUAACCGAACAUAUGUAUAAUUUACUUUUUAUUUCUAGUUUACAUCUCUCAUUUUAUAUAAAAUAUUUAAAUUGAUACUA